GAAUCGAGUAAGCAUGGGGCUAUUGGCUUUGUCAUUCUAAAAUAUAUUUUAGUUGAAAAAUGGUUUGAAUGUUUAUGGAUAGAUAAAAACAUUACAAGCGAACACUAAACAACUAAGAUGCAAGUUUAUGGAUGUAGCUUUCCCCUGGCGUUGAAUCAACAUUAUUGCAGCAAAGUGUUAACAUAUUCGACAGUUAAGCUCAUUAUCAAGUCAUUCAACUUCAACAUAACCACACCCGACUUAGCUAAGGAUUCCAUCACGACCCACAUGAACAUAAGCAGCUCCAUGGCAUUUGACAACAAAAAUCACUCGUGUUCCCAAAUUGGCAAUUUUUGGGCAUACAAGUGUAGAGUUAGAGUUCUUACAAAAAAUUAAACCCCAUAAUGCCAAUUUUAUUAUUACCUCAAAACAUCGAAACAAAACGAGUAAUGGUUGGUUCACCAUAACUUUAUUUGGCUAUUUAUUUAUUGGUUUUUGUACAUGAUUUAUUAGGAAUAAAAUAA